AACCGCUUCCAUAGCAUCUUGCUGCUCUUCAUAUCUCUCUCACCGUGGCUGCCUCGAAACCUCGCAGCCACAUGCGAAUGCUGAUGACGAGUCAUGGUCAAUCUGGCACGUCCGAUGCGAGUGUGACGAGAGCGCGCGGCAAGAACCUUCAUUGAUCGCGUGCCUCGUUUGAGUUCUCCAUUCAGAAAACCUACAAGUAGCUAGGAGCCCAGUCGCCUAGAUCCAGCACUGCAAUCGUGAGUUCGUGACAGUCUGCAAUCGUUGAUCGAUCGACCACCAUGUCUGGCGACACCGCGCCGCACGUCGUCGAGGACUUCUUCGGCAUCGUCCGGCUCCUCAGCGACGGCUCUGUCGUCCGCGGCGACGAAUCCGUCCUCUCCGUCCUCAUGCCGGCAGGGCCGUUCCCGGACGUCCCCGGCGUUCAGUGGAGAGACGUCGUGUACGACGCGACGCGCGGCCUCAAGGUUCGCGUGUACAGGUCCUCGGUGGCCGGCGGCGAAGGCGGUAAGCUUCCCGUGCUCGUGUACUUCCACGGAGGCGGCUAUUGCGUCGGCGCCUACGACCAGCCCAUGUUCCACUCCUGCUGCCAGCGCUUCGCCGCCAAGCUCCCGGCCGUCGUGCUCUCCAUCCAGUACCGCCUCGCCCCCGAGCACCGCCUACCCGCGGCCAUCGAGGACGGCGCAACGUUCCUCACCUGGCUGCGCGUGCAGGCCACGCUCGGCGCGGGUGCCGAGCCGUGGCUGGCGGAGUCGGCCGACUUCGCCCGGACGUUCGUGUCCGGCGUGUCAGCCGGCGCCAACCUGGCCCACCACGUCGUGGUUCAGAUCGCCUCGGGGCGGAUCGUGCUCGGCCCGGUGCGCCUCGCAGGGUACGUUCUCUUCUCCGCGUUCUUCGGCAGCGUCGAGCGCACGGCGACGGAGUCCGACCCGCCGGCCGUCGCGAUGUCCGACCAGCUCUGGCGCAUGGCGCUGCCAGUGGGCGCUACCAGGGACCACCCGCUGGCCAACCCGUUCGGCCCAGACAGCCCCAGCCUGGAGCCGGUUGCGCUGCCGCUGGCGCUCAUCGUGGCACCCGGGCGCGACGUGCUCUGCGGCCACGUGCUGCGCUACGCGGCGAGGCUCAAGGAGAUGGGAAAGGCCGUGGAGCUCGCCGAGUUCAAAGGGGAGAAGCAUGCCUUCUCCGUCCGAGGGUGGAGCGAGGCGAACGCCGAGCUUAUCCGAAUCUUGAAGCGGUUCGUGCACCAGGGCGGCGCGCCCAACUGAGGUGAACCAGUGCCGCUGUGGUGAUGCUCCCGAGCAUGUUUGCGUUUUAUACUAGGACUUUUUAACGCAUCCAUUACUAGUAUUUUGUACUCCAACUGGAUUGUUCUAAGUCGUGUUCGUACGAGCACCUGGCAACGGUCGCUCACGCCGCCGAAUUUUUCAGACAUUACCGUCAGAGAAAAAGAUAAUCGAUAGCCAAGUCAAAUAUUUGAAUUGAUCUACCAUUCGAAUUUCUUC